ACAGUAGCCAUAAUGCAGAGCAUGGGACAACAUUUUGCCGAUACUUUUGUGGAUACACCAACUGACAUUUUUAUCAUGGGAUAUUAGCCUAUUAACCAGCCAUAAUGAGUGAGGUGGGUCCAAGAAGGCCCCCCCAGGACCAGUCCUCGGGGAGUGGGCACACAGUGACCACGUCACGUCACCCCUAUAUCACAGACCCCAUCGCCUCCAAGCACGUCUGCUUCUACAAGAGCGGUGACCCUCAGUUCAGUUGCCUGCGCAUGGCCAUCAACAGCCGCACCUUCAAGACCUUCGAUGCCCUCCUGGACAGCCUCUCCAAGAAGGUCCCCCUGCCGUUCGGAGUGAGGAACAUCACCACCCCGCGGGGUGUCCAUGCGGUGCACACACUAGAUGAACUGGAGGAUGGGAAGGCCUACAUCUGCUCAGACCAGCGGAAGGUCAAACCCAUCAACAUGGCAGCAGCCAGUAAGAAGCUUCCACCCUGGUACCAUGCCAGGCCCAUGAGCGCCCGCCGUCGGGCCUUGCAACUGGCCAAACAGAACCCUGGCAGGCCCAUGCGCAAAAGAAAACCUGUGACUGUGCGCACACCUAAGAGGCUAAUGGUGUUUCGGAAUGGGGACCCAAGUGUCAAGCACAAUAUGAUGCUACAGAAGAGGACCACUCCCACCUUUGAGGCGCUGCUGGAUUACGUGUCCGAGUUGAUGCACUUUCCUGUGGUCAAACUACACACACCGGAUGGAAGAAGGGUGGAUGGGCUCCCUGCUCUGAUUCUAUGCUCUGGUAUUGUAGUAGCUGCCGGUCGGGAGGCCUUUAAGUCUGGAAACUACAAGACACAGAGAUCUUCUGCUCCAACAUGGCUUCCUGCCAGACGAAUGGCAUCUAAAAGACUAAAACAACCGGCACCCCGGAAAAUGAAGUCCGUGUCCAGCAGCAAAUCACAUCUUUUCUCCUCAUCGUCAGAGAGAUACUUUGUGAAUCAGAUACACCACUCCGUUGCAGGAAGUCAGUGUGACCUCCCCAGUAACAACACGGGAUCUGUGGUGCUGGAGGCUGGCCAUUUUCUGGAGUCAGUUGCCGAAACGGACGCCGACACCUACAACGGACAUGAAGAGCCCGACAACUGUAUGCCCGGUGAUGAUGACAUUGAGAAGUCCUUUCGGGUGAACCAGGAUGGCAGCAUGACGGUGGAGAUGAAGGUACGACUGACCAUCAAGGAGGAGGAGACCAUCCACUGGACCACCACCCUGACCAGGUCCAGUGUGGCCAGCCAGCUCAGUGUGGCUGAGUCUGAGCUGGAGAUCAGAUCUCCUGAGUCCAAUGCCCUACCACCAACACAACCCAACGCCAUGGGCACCAUCAAUGGGUACAAUGCUAAAAAGGAUGAUCAUGAUGAUGAGGAUGAUAUGUCUCCAGAGGCCAGUGGACUUACCAGUGUGGAAGGAGAUGAUGCGGAUAAUUCUAAAAUACAUGUCAGUGAGGUCUCUCUCAGGAGGGCUCCUACCCCAGGACCCAGGAGAUCCAGACAGAAGCAGGCCUCAUUGGAGAACAUCAACACACCAUCAGGAGAUGAGAUUCAGGAGAACAUUGUGGGAUCAUACUCCUACAGAGAGACAACUAAGAAUGGAGAGGUCAAAGAGGAGUACUGCAUGGUCAGACAAUGCAGCAGCAGGCCAGUCCCUAAACCAAGGAGAGUUGGCUCUAUGGAUAUCAACAAUUACAAUAAGACUCAAUCCACUUUUAAAUCAGGGGCGGCAGAGAUCUUACAGAUCCAAAAUGGCGAGGAGGAAGUCAGAGAAAGUGUAAUGCAGAUAUACGAGCAGCAGACCUGUCAGGACAAUUUCCUUGCUAACAGCCAGUACAGUGUCCAGGGUGUGUCCACGUAUGGCCUGAUGUAUGGGAGACCAGCCACCUCGGAAACAGCCCACUUCUCCUCUAGUAAUGACUUCGAGAUGGAGCUGGAAAGACUCUCUGCAGCCUCAGAGUCAAUCAGCGUGCGGAGGGCUGACCAGUCUCUGUCAUCUGCCUUCACCAUACCCACUUUUAAGGCUGGAGGAUCUGUCCUAAGAAACGGGGUACUAAAUGUCCAUAAAACCAGUCUCUCCAAGCCCGCCAAAGACAACGAGACCCCAAAGUUGGUCUCUGAAGCAAGCAAAGACAAUUCCACCACUAAAGCUGUAAAGAAAGUCAAGAAAAGGUUCUCAAAGCCCAAGUUGAGAAAGUACCAGGUUCGUAAGAGUACAACACCAGACAAAAGACGUAAAGAGAGUAGUGCAAAUGGUCCUGAAAACAAUAAAAGAGUGAAAACUGGGGGGUUUAGCCGCAAUGCAUCGAUAAGGAAAAUUUAUGGACCAAAACCUGCCAGAAGUGUAAUGAAAAAUAAACUAAAAGGAAAGGAAAUCAAAUUAAAUAUUGAAAACCCAAAGGAAUCGUCAGUGAAAGAACUAAAUGUUAGUGAAAAUGGAAAUGAAACGUCAGUUUCAGGAAAGAAGAAAUCAUUGCACGUUUCAUUUCCUACGGAGGCCCAGGUGAAGGCAACACUGAAAAGGCAGAGGUCCGUGCACGAGGAGAGAAGGAUUGCGAAAGAGUGUCAUGAUUUGUCACUGCCUGCACUCCUUUCGUCCUCUUCUAAUAUCAAUGAAUAUGUUGUGAACUGGCUAGAGAAAGCCCUCCCAACUGUUUACCCAGACCCAGUGGAGGAAACUCAAAAUGUGGAGACACCAACAAUGUCUCAGGUAGAAACUGAGGGGGACAUUAUUCCAGAUGUGUCAGAAAUCAAUUGUGAAAUGGACAUUGAAGAAGAUGAGUCUUGUUUUUUGAAAGAAAAAACACACAUACCAAGUAGUCCAUCUUUGGUAACAGCAGCAUUUCCAAAUAGAACAUUUGAAAAUAUAGCAACACAGACAAACCUGACUAUGGAAAACACAACAUUACCAUGUCCUUCUACCCCAUUACACAUUGAUACUAUACAGGAAAGGUUGCCCACUAAUCCCUCAGCUGAAAAUCCACCUCUCUCCAAUGGUUUCUCUGUCUUUCUUCCUGCAAUAAUCUCGGUAGAAAAGUCAUCACCCUCUGCCAGUCCUUCGUUGGAACAAACAUCAAUGCCCAUCAAGAUCUCAGUAGAGAAGCUACCAAUCCCAAAUGAUCUGUCAUUGGAAAAUACAUCAGUACCAAAUAGCUCCAUAAAAGAGAAGAUCCCAGUCUCAAACUGUCUCUCGCCUGAGAAGACACCACUGCCUGCUAAAACACAAACAGAGAAGACACCACUGCCUGCUAAAACACAAACAGAGAAGACACCACUGCCUGCUAAAACACAAACAGAGAAGACACCACUGCCUGCUAAAACACAAACAGAGAAGACACCACUGCCUGCUAAAACACAAACAGAGAAGACACCACUGCCUGCUAAAACACAAACAGAGAAGACACCACUGCCUGCUAAAACACAAACAGAGAAGACGCCACUGCCUGCUAAAACACAAACAGAGAAGACGCCAUUGUCCAACAAAGUCUCAGAUGGGUCUUCAGUAGUUAGCAGUCCCUCAUAUUUAAUGUGUUCAUCACCUAGUAGUUUAGGUGAUGAAGAACAACCCUUAUCAAGCAGUCCUUCAUCAGACGAGGCUCCGUCAACGACUGGCCAUGUAUUUGAAAAGACAUUGUUCAACCACUCCACUCUGAAAGAACCACCAUCGCCUAAACUCGCAACAAAAAAGACACGAUUGCUCAGUAAUCUCUCCCUGGAAAAGCAACUAUCAUUCAGGAAAGCCUCAGCUGAAAAGUCUUCAAUAUCCAGUGAUCCUACUGUGGAAAAGGUGUUGGUGGAUAAGGCACAAAUCUCCAAUGGUCUCUCAUCUGACAAGACAUCACAUCCUGCUAAAACCUUAAUAUCCAACAAUGUCUUAAAUGAGGCUUCAUUAGCUAGUAGUCCCUCAUGUUACAUCUCGACAUCACCUACUAAUCGCACAUCAGAUGAAAGAGCCUUAUCAAUCUCCCCCCUAUCAGAGGAGGAUCUAUCACCCACUGGCCAUGUAUUGGAAAAAACAACAUUGUUCAACCACUCCACUCUGAGAGAAACAUCAUCACCUAAACUCCCAACGAAGAAGACACGAUUGAUCAGUAAUGUCUCCCUAGAAAAGCAACUAUCACUCAGAAGAUUGUCAGUGGAUAAGUCUUCAUUGUCCAGUAAUCCUACUUUGGAGAAGGCACAGUUAUCAAACCCUGUCCAAAUCACAGUAGACAAAACACAACUACCGAACAGCCACUCAUUGGAAGAGACACCGCCACCAAAUGAGUCUUCCUUACCCAGUGACUCCACUUCAGAAAAUACCCAAUUAUCUAGCAGUCCUCAACCAGGAAGGACACCACUACCAAGACAUAUCUCUUUGAAAACACAAUUGCGCAACAAUUUUUCACCUGAAAGAACAAAUUUACCCACUCUGAUGACGAGGAAUAAGUCAGCUCCCAGUAAUCUCUCUUCAGAAAAGAUACCAGUACCUAGUAAUCGCACAUUGACAAAUAGACUGUCACCAUAUUCUCAGACUUUGGAAAUAGUGUCACCACCUACGAGACUCAAGGCAAAAAAAAAGCCAGUAUCUAGAAAUCACUCUCUGGAAAUCGAACCGUGCCCAGUAAGUCCCACCUUGAAAAGGACACCUCUACCAAGGAAAAGCCGCCAAACGCCAUUAUCGCCUAAGUCAACGCCAGUACAUCUCAAUUCCUCCAUGAAGAAGAAACCAACACCUCCCAGUCCCGCUUUGGUGAAUCACGAAGAGACAAAUGGUGAUGAUAACCUGAGCAAUUCAGAUCAGGGAGACAGUACAAAAGUAACAGCAGAGGAGCCUCUAACAAAAGCACGGAUACCAUCAUACAGAGAACAACUACCUCCCCAGCCAGACAUGAAACCUGUGCUAGAGAAGCUCUGUUUCUCAAUUCGGUCAAUUAGACAAAUCACACACAACAAUCGUCCAUCUUGUCUUGAAAAGUCAAACAGCUUACCUGAUUUCUCCUCCCAUGUGGCCUCUACAUUUGGGUCAUCCUCCAAAGCUCUCCUGGCAUUCUUAUCUGUUAUUACCUUAAAGGAAAGCUUCACGAACUGGAACAUACCUGAAUUGAAUGCAAACAGUGUAAGCUGUGCUGAGGCUUUGAAAAUGAUAGAGUCUCUGAGAGAAAUUGCCAACAUAGAGGAUGCAGAGGAGUUGAAAGCUAGCCUGUCAGAUUUGCAAAAGUCUACUUCCUCACAACUGCUGCAAAGUUGGAAGGGCUUCCAGGAACUCAAUGACAAAGUCAGAAGUCGCAGCUCAGCGCCGAACAGUUCAGAGCAUGAUCUCUUGUUUGAGACACACCCAGUGGAGGACUACAACAUUAAAGAAAAAGCACUGGAUAUCGAUGAGCUAAUAAAUGAGCUUGAUGUGCCAGAAAAGGUCAAGGAAGCAUUGGCAGCCCUUUCAACAGGGGUGAGCAUGAGCAUGAGCAUGAGCAUGAGCAUGGAUGGUAAUGAAAUAAACAUUUCUAAAAAAGCUAAUGAAAAAGUGGAGUCAUCCCCAGAGGGAAGGGUAAAUGCCAAUUCAACCGCAGUCCCUAAGGAAGAGGCUGAAAAAGAUAAUGUGCUUAAUAAAGAGGCUACUGUUGAUGUUAAAUCCAUCAUUAAAACAUUUACAAAUAUUCACCAUCCCAAAGAGGUGGCUGAAAAUACAGUGUCACCAAUCCCAGAGAGCCCAAGCAGUAGGCAAGAGCAGUACAUCUCCUCAAGAGAACACAGCUUUAAAGAGGAUUAUAUUUGCCACAGAAACAGACAGCCAGCAAAUAAGGAAGGUGCUGAACUUGAGCAGGACAACUGGGAAGAAGAGGAGGCUAAAUGUACAUACAAACAGGUUAACCAUGAUGAAGAACAGACAUCCUCAGAGAUAGAGCAAGCUUACAGUUUAGUAUUGCAUGAUGGCUAUUUGGACAAGCCAGCCUGUUCUGUGGAGGCUAGAGAGAAGGAUGGGGACAUACAAGCAGGCUAUGUGGAGGAGGAAGAAAGCUUGAAGAAAGAGCAAGAAUACUACAUUGAGAACCCACCAAGUCAUGUGGGGCAGGAGGUUACAUCUAUGGAGCUGCAGGUCAGCUGUAAGGAAAGCGUAGAAAACGACCAGGCUAGCUCAGAGGAAGAACAUAAAUGUCAUGUUGAGGACCAAAUUAGCCACGUGGAGUCAGAAAGUAAGUGUGUGGAGGAGGAAUGGAUGAAGGAAGAGCAACAAUGUCACAUAGAUGAUCAGCCAAGCUAUUGUGGGAUGCAGGUUAGCCGUGAGGAAAGAGAGUCCACCCCUGAGGAGCAGGCUAGCUCAGAGGAGGAAUGUGAGUGUCACAUAGGCCAAAACCAUGAGGACCCAGAGGUCAAAUGCUUGGACCUGCAGGAUAGCAGUGAGAACGGAAAGUCCACCCCUAAAGAAGACCAGGCUAGCUCAGAUGAAGAGGAACGUCAUGAUGCGAGCAAACCAACCCACGAAGAGCCUGAGGUUAAAUGUACAGAUGUAAAGGUUAGCAGCGAGGAAAACAUGUCUAGUCUUGAAGAAGAUCAGGCUAGCUUAGAGGAAGAGCUCGAAUGUCACACUGAGAACCAACCAAGUCACGAGGAGAAAGGGGUUAAAUGUACAGAUGUAAAGGUUAGCAGUGAGGAAAACAUGUCUAGUCUUGAAGAAGAUCAGGCUAGCUUAGAGGAAGAGCUCGAAUGUCACACUGAGAACCAACCAAGUCACGAGGAGAAAGGGGUUAAAUGUACAGAUGUAAAGGUUAGCAGUGAGGAAAACAUGUCUAGUCUUGAAGAAGAUCAGGCUAGCUUAGAGGAAGAGCUCGAAUGUCACACUGAGAACCAACCACGUCACGAGGCGAAAGGGGUUAAAUGUACAGAUGUAAAGGUUAGCAGUGAGGAAAACAUGUCUAGUCUUGAAGAAGAUCAGGCUAGCUUAGAGGAAGAGCUCGAAUGUCACACUGAGAACCAACCAAGUCACGAGGAGAAAGGGGUUAAAUGUAUAGAGAUGCAGGUUAGUAGAGAGGAAAGAGAGUAUACCCCUGAAGACGACCGGGCUACCUUAGACGAGGAAGAGGAAAACCGUGCAGACAACCUUCCCAAUGCAAAUGCACACAUUAACAUGAAGGAUGAGCAAACUCACUUAUGGAUGAAGCAGACGACUGAAAAUGAAAUAGUGUCUACUGUCAUAGAAAUGAAGCCUAGCUUGGUCAAACAGCAUUCUAGCGAUGACAGGAUGGAUAAGGACAGCGGAAAGGAUAGUGAGCAGCAUGUUAGCUUUGAACAACAGUCUGAUACUGUAGAAGAAGCCAACGUUGAGGAUAAUCGGCGUGGCACAGAGAAGAAGCAAGUAUGCUGUGAAGAAAAGCUGCCUAGCUCUGAGGCAGAACAUGUUGGCGUAAAGGAUGAGCCAUAUACAGAGGAUGAGAGUUAUGCAGAGUAUGAGGAAAGCGUCGUAGAGAAACAGCCGUUUGAGGAGGAUACGAAUUGCGAAACGACUGAGGCAAAAACAAUCAACCGCUUUGAGGAACCAUUGCCAUCUGUAGCAGAGCGAGUAAAACUACUGGAUAAGAAGAUUGCUGAUGUAGAGCAAAGGAAAAGCAUUACAGUAGAGACAACUGGCAUCAGACCGUUUGCCCACAUAAAGGUUCCCGCUUUCUCAGAUGGCGAUGAUUUAACAAGCGUAUCCCAUCUAUCUAAGGAACAAGCCGAGCUUGUGGAGGAAGCAUCUGAGAUGCAAACAACCAAUUAUGUUGUUAAGGAUGUCAAAGAGCAAGACAACGCUCCUGUGCACCCUUGUAAAAGGACAACGUGGCCUAUAAAUACAUCAGAAACGGUAGUCAUGUCCCCCCCAGCUCCACAAUCCUCCUCGCUAGCAUUUAGCUAUGAUGGCUGUAUAACUAGAGAGCCUGAGGGAAAUAGGGUCAAGAAGAUAAAGGAAAUGUUUAUGGCAAAAAGCAUUGUGGACAUUCAGUAUGGACAAACAAGACUAACCAGCCCAAACAGCUCAGAUCUGUCUGACAACAGGCCAGGGACUUCUGAUGGUAGUCAUCGAUCACUGACGUCAACUGAGAUGUCCAGUGGUGAGGAUGAUUCUGUGAAGAAAUCCAUCACGAAAGGCUUUGUCAGGAGAACUAUUGAAAGGCUUUAUGGGAAGAAAGAUGCAAAUGAAAAAGUCCUUGCCAGUGAAAGUCAGCCAAUAUCUGUCCCAAGACCAAAGUCCAGAGAAUUUCCUGGUAAGAUCAGCCUUUCCCCAUUCCAUAAUGCACGGACCAAAGUAAUGUUGGACUUAUCAUACUUCAAUGCCACAAGCUCUUUUGACACAUACAGUGAGCCAACGCGGUGUAUCGCCUUCAAUACACAGGUCGGGCCUGGAGACUGUGUCCCGAUAGAAGAAAACAGGUGGCUCCUCAGAGAGUGCGUGAUCAGAAAGUCUGUCUCAGAGCCUAUUAAUAUUUACAAGAACACAUCUGCGUUAACGGAAGAUGAGUGCAAAGAUGCAAAAGAAGAUGUUCCAUACUCCCUUUUCGGCCACACCGAUCGGGAGGACAUGGUGAAGACUGUGAAACCUUUUGUGGCAAAGUGCACCUAUUUCAACCUGCCUCAUGGCUGUGACUCAGACCCGUACCAGGAUGACCUAAGUUCUGUCAGCAAGGGCAGUGACAUGGGUGACAUCUCGAAGGACAGUAAAGACAAUGCAGAGGAACCCAAGUUGUGGGCUGAGAAGAAUGGAACCCUGCCAGAUUUCUCCCCUACUGACUUCAAGAUGCCAGAUAAUAAAGUGCACCCUCUGAUAGAAGGCCCGGGAGGUGGAAAGGUUGUGGUGGUCCAGCCUGGCAAAGGUCAGUCUGGCAAAGGUCAGACAGAUGUCAAGAAAAUUCCACAGGAGCCAGAUGCACUAGAGAUGCUCUACUUCUCCUGUGGGCAGCACUGCCCCAUCCUUUGACUGUGACACUUAAAUAUGGGCUCUCUGCUAAAGUCAGCUUAUUACAGAGGGCAUUCAAGGUACAAAGAGAUGUCGUAUAUUUCUUUAAGAUGGAUAAGACUCAGUGUGUCCUGUGGGAUAAAGUUAUUAAUGGAUACUUUGUGCCUGAACAUUAACGUUGCCACUAUGAUGGCUUUUACAGCAUGAUAUCAUAAUACAUUGUAAUGGAUUGUUAAGAAAAUAUACAUUUUACAAUAACUUAGGUGGAAUAGACAACACUAAUGGGUGAAACUUAUUUCACUAGUUUUUUCUAUAUCAUGUGAAUUGUACAAUUUUCAAAAAAACAUUUUACUCAACAAUCUGUUAUGCCAUGUUCAACUUUUAAUACCUUUUAAAAUAUUCUGUAAAUAUUGCAUCUGUACAUAUUUUUACAAUAACACCUUGACUGUGUAUUUUCUGUGUACUGUGUAUUUUCCACCCUCCAUUGGCACUAGGUAGGUGGGCUGUCCUAAGAAUGAGCAUCCUGUGCAUUACUAUAAUCUUGUUUAAAAUGCUUUAAACAGAUCAGGUCCUCACUGAUGUCACGCAAUGGCAAUCCCCUUCACUCAGAACCUAACAUGCCUCUGGGUCGUACCACAAAAUCAGUGCCUUUUGCGUCCCUUUGAUAUUUUAAGUAGAAACUGUGCACAAGGAUAGAAUUUAAAAGUCUGCUAUAUUAAAUAAAGUUCCCUUUAAUGUAGACCACAUAGAAAAUUCAAUAAAUCCGAUUUUUCUUUUAUAUGAAUAAAGGUUAUUUAUUUCAUGGGAUUAGUGAUUCAUUUUAAGAUUUAAAAACAAAAAUGUCCCUCUUAAGGUGAGCCCAAUAACGUGAACUCAAUUCAAUAUGGUAAACAAUUCCCUUUUUUAAAAUUUAAUUAUAUCUUAAAAAAAAAAAAGUUUUUUUAAAACACUGAACAUCUAAUAGUCAAACUGUGUAAAAGCAGGCGAGCUGGUUCUAGCAAAACACUGAGCAGUUCUAGCAAAACACAUCAACGCUGUUACCCAUAGAUAGACAGGCUAUAAAUGCUAUAAAUGUUUUAACGAUACAUUUUUAAAAUUGUGAAGCUAGCAUUCAAUUGCCUCCCCCUGUCACAAGGGGAUUUAUGGAUGAUUUAAGAUAAAGCCGUCAACCCUGUUAUGGUGAUUUGUAACAGGGUUUUAACCUCUUGAGAUGGGAAAACAUAUUUUUUUUUAUUAAGUUGAACAUGUGCUCUUUAUGACAGACAUUUUAAAUUAGGUGAAACAAAAUGUUUGUUUUGUUUCACCAAGUUACACUACUCAAAAGGCAAUGAAUUGGUGGAACGACCCCCCCCCCCUCGAGGUUCAUGGUCAUGCCUGUGCAGUGUGGUCAAAACGGUGCUUGACCACAAGCUCUAGAAAUGUAUUGUCUGUCAGUAACCCCCCUGGUAUAGUGUAUUAACUGUACAGUUCAUUUAUUUGUGUAAAUGCAUUUCUCUUGCAUCAUUACAUGAGAGUGAAUUCUUAAAGUAUAGAAUGAAUUCAGAAAGCAUACAUCGCUAGAUUUGCAUUUAUAAACAAUAGCCAUAAGCACAACCUGCAAUAACAAACUUUCAUCACAAUACUUCUAUCAUAGAUGUACAUUUCUGGCAGCUGUGAUUUAUUCUAUUGAGUGUUUUUUUUUCUUUACUGAAUUUCUGUCAUUUAUAAAUAAAAACAAAAGCUAUUCCUGUU